UCCCCCAUCAUCAGACAAGCAGAGUAGAGCAGGACAGAGAGAGACGUGAGCCAACAAGUGCAGAACAGAACAACUCCACAAAGAGAAGAGAGAGGAGGAUAGUUCCCUUUGCAAGGACAGAACAAGAGAAGAUAAUCAAGCCUUUCAGAAAACACCAACAGGAGAAGAAAUAUGAGACUGCAGCACAUUUAAAUCCUCUAACCUUCUUUGCUCACCAACUGAGGACUUAUUUGUAGUCCCAUUUUAUGUUGAAACAGUUAGAUUUCUUUCCCAUACUACAAGAGGCUACACACUGAUUGUAGAAAACCUCACUGUGUAGUAGAACUUUUUGAAGAGAGAAGGAGAAAGUGGGAGAAGGAAAGAGAAAAUAAGGCUUUUUUGGAGCCAGGAUUUGAGAAGCAGGAGGCUGCAGAGAUGGAGAUCAUGCCCGGGAGAGGAGCUUGUUCUGGGGCAGGCAUGGGGAGGUUACCUGGGUACCUGGUGUGUGUGCUGGUUCUCUGUGCCCUGGUGACAGGCUAUGCCAGCACAUGCCCUGCCCUGUGCACCUGCACUGGCACCACAGUUGACUGCCAUGGGCUGGGCAUCAAAACCAUGCCCCGGAAUAUACCUCGCAACACAGAGAGAAUUGCUGGAGCCCAGCUCCGCCCACAAGGUGGGAGAGAAGAAGAGGAAGGACCAGAUCAAGAACCUCAUCACUGGCACUGUCUGGAAAGAUCUGGGCCAGCAAUUUAAAAAGGAGGUACAUAUCAGAAAUCUUCGGUCUCUCUUUAAGAAGCCCAAGCUGGAGAAAAGGGACAUUGUGGAGCCCAGUGAGACUGGAUCACUAGCAGCUCUCUUCUCCCCAACACAGGAGGACAUCUAGGAGAACAUAACAGCACAGAGAGGCUCUCAGACUGGACUAACACACACACACACUUUCUACCCUCCCCAGUGGAAAUUUAGGAUUGGCUCAUCAAGGGUACAACGUCUCUAUCCUAUUGGUCAACAGUAGGAUGAAUGGACUCUACAAACUGUGGACAAAGAGAAUCAGAAUAUUCUGUCAUGGACUGAACCCUGCUAACUGGUCAUACAUAUUUAUCCAAAUAAUGUGUCUGUCUGCCUUGAUCGAGAAAAUGGGACAAUGUGUCUGAAGAUGAUGAAGAUGAUGGAUAUUGUCCUUCAGAGGACAUGGCUGCUGCCAUAAACCCUGCAGGUUGUAAAUGGUAACAACACAUUGCAUUUACACAGCUCAUAUCUUCACUAGCACAACACAUUUAACUUACAUUGUGUUUUUGGUAUCUCCUCUAACAUGGGCCAUCCACCUGGCUGCUAAACAUAGAGAUUGAUAGAGGACUCAUCUUUAUAUCGGUGUCAUUAUAGCGUCUGACAGCAUUGAGAAUUGAGGCUACAACCCAGGGUCAAGUAGUCAACUGGGUGGGGAUUCCUAUUUUAAAAUGGUGGAUGAUGGCAAUGCCCAAGGGGUGAUACCCAUGAUGAGUCCUCUAUCUAUGUCUACGGUGCUAAACAACAGCAGCAAUUUUGUGCCAGAAGAAUCUGAAUGGAAUCCAGUGAGCAUUUCUGAGGUGGGAGACUUCAGAGUAUCUGUAUAAGGAGAGCUGUCAUCAAGUCAAGGUUUUGUACAGAAUCAUUACUCUGUUGAUGGAUGAAGUAGAACUGUCAUUAAUGUGAAUUUAUGUUUGUUUGUUCUAGUUCUCCCAGCUAUGAACUGAUGAGAAACCAGCACUACAUUCCUCUUAUGUUAAAGGGAUAGUUGGCUGCAACAAGUCUUGUCAGACAUUAUUGUUAAAAACUGACUUGUGGCUCAUAUUUUAUAAAUCUGUUUUGAAGGUGACAUUGUUUCCACUUGGAAAAUAUCUACAAGCCUCAAUCAGGGGACAAAGUAUUUAAAAUUGUAGUGCUUUUUCUAUUUAGCUGUUUUUAGACAAAAGUAGACUAGAAAGUCAAUUUAAAUGGUUGAUUUGACCAUUUGCUGUGUUAUGCAAUGGUCUACAAAUAUAAGUAUUAUUUUGAAAAUGUUCUAGCCGUGUUGUGGGGGUAAAAAAUAAUAUUUAUAGUUAGAGAAAUAAAACAUAUUUUAAAUGUUGGAUGUUAAAUAUUUAAACAGGACCAGAGACUUGAAACUCCACCCCCGAGUCCAUGAUGACUAAAGUUCAUCUCAGUGCUGUAACUUUAAUAACUCUCCAGGACUCAUGUCUGUCUGACACACAACAACACUGGGAUUUUAUUUAGAUUGUUCUGAAAUAUCAGGGUGCUAAACCAACCAAUACAAGGUAAUAUCAUCAAGACGGUGAACUUUACAUGCAUCUUCACUUGCUUUGAAUAACGUGUCCGUUUAAGAGAGGACGUUUUAAAAGUGAAAGUGAAAUUAACUUUCAGAUCUCAUACCAGAACAGGGAGUGACACCGUGUGAGAAAAUGGCUUCUAGUUCAUCUCUCCCAGAGGAGGAUUUCUCCUGUACGGUGUGCCUUGACAUCUUUAAGGAUCCUGUCAUUUUGCCAUGCAGCCACAGCUUCUGCCAAGCCUGUCUAAAGGAAUGCUGGAAAGACGAGGAAUCUCGGGAAUGUCCAGUUUGCAGGAGACGAUCGUCUAAGGAUCAUCCCCUUAUAAACCUUUCUCUAUUGAACCUGUGUGAGGCCUUACGGGAAAGGAGACAGACAGAUCCAACCACAGGGUCCAAGGUGCUCUGCAGUCUACACAGUGAGAAACUCAGUCUGUUCUGUCUGGAGGAUAAAGAGCCCAUCUGUUUGGUGUGUCAGGUCUCAAGGAAACAUAAAAAUCAUGACUGCAUCCCUGUAGAUGAGGCUGUACAGGAUCACAAGGAGGAACUCCAGACUGACCUGAAGCCCUUACAGGAGAAGCUGAAGGUCUUUAAUAAAGUUAAACAAACCUGUGAUCAAACAGCAGUGCACAUUAAGAGCCAGGCCCAGCACACAGAGAAGCAGAUUAAGGAGGAGUUUGAGAAACUUCACCAGUUUCUACGAGAGGAAGAGGAGGCCAGGAUAGCUGCUCUGAAAGAGGAAGAGAAGCAGAAGAGUCAGAAGAUGAAGGAGAAGAUUGAGCAGAUCUACAGAGAGAUAUCAUCACUUUCAGACACAAUCAGAGCCAUAGAGGAGGAGCUGAAAGAUGAAGACAUCUCAUUCCUGCAGAACUUCAAGACCAUGAAGGUAAGAGCCCAGUGCACAAUGCCAGAUCCACAGCUGGUGUCAGGGGGGCUGAUAGACGUGGCCAAACACCUGGGAAACCUGAAGUUCAGAGUCUGGGAGAAGAUGAAGGAGAUCAUCAAACACACUCCUGUGAUUCUGGACCCCAACACUGCAUCCUCCUGGCUCUGUCUGUCUGAUGAUCUGACCAGUGUGAGUCAAACUGGCCCAAAGCAGCAGCUCCCUGACAACCCAGAGAGAUUCAUGAAGUAUGCAACUAUUCUGGGCUCUAAGGGGUUCAGCUCAGGUAAACACAGCUGGGAGGUGGAGGUGGGGGAUCAUCCUGACUGGAACCUGGGCGUGGCUAAAGAGUCAGUUGACAGGAAGGGGGAUGUUUAUAUAUCACCAAAGUAUGGAUUCUGGGCUAUACUGCAGAGGAGUGGUAAGUAUAUUAAUGGAAAGGGAGAGACCGUCCUCCUGAAGAAGAAACCCCAGAGGAUCAGAGUUCAGCUGGACUACGACCAGGGGGAGGUGUCCUUCUACGACUCCAAAGACAUGACACUCAUCUACACUCAUAAAGACACAUUCACUGAGACUCUCUACCCGUACUUCUCUAUUGGAUCAGCUGGUGAUGCCAAAAGCACUGGUGUACAGAUCUGCCAAUCAGAGGUAUCAGCACAUGUCAGUUAAACAUGCUGUAUUGGUUAAUUAGUCUAGUUAAUCUAGCCAGCUAUCUAAACUAUUCAUCAUGACCGAAUUACUAACCUUGCAUGCAGGGUACGUGCCCAGGGGCCCUGACCUCCAGGGAGCCCCAAUUGAUUAUGUUGUGUAGAAUUGCAUGAAAUGAUGUGUAAAACUACAAAAUAAUUGUUCUGUAAUGCAAACUCAUAUGUUUACUUUUUGUUAAUAAAACUCUUGUUCUGCAAA